AUGGUAGCAGAUAGACUGCUGGAUUGUCCUGUUCCUGAUCUCAAACGGAAGUUAAUAGCUGAUAGAUCAAAAGAUGGAAGAAUUUACAAUCAACCGACUGUUUCUGAGGUUGCUGCACUUAUUGUUGGGGAUGUUGAUACAGGUUCUAAAAGGGAUAUUAUUCUUGAGAGACGUAGCGGAAGGCUUAAAAGAAUAAGUGAGUUUCAUCCAAGUUAUUUUGUGUUACAAUAUCCACUUUUGUUUCCAUAUGGGGAAGAUGGUUUUAGACUUUGUGUGCUACACAAAGAAAUAAAUGCAAAGAAAAAGUUUAAGAAAAAUAAGCUUACCAUUAGAGAAUGA